AUGAAGUUCACGGCGGCAGUCGUCGCUCUCAACCUCCCCUCUCUGGGCCUGGCUUCAGUUUACAAUACCUGGAAAUUUAACAAGUUUUCUUCUGCUGGGAUCGAUGACAUUACCUUCCCUAUGAAAAUGCAAGGAACCCCCCGAGAAGAAGGUCUCUAUUUUGCCCAGCAGUUUGGCUGGAAAGGGAUCAAUGACAUCGGAUACAUCGGCCUCCAGCCUCGGCCUGACAAAAAUGGCAAACAGGUCAUUCAUGCCGCCUUCUCCUCGUUCCAGAAAGGAACCACAUCCACGCACAAGCACUGCACGGCGGGCGCUGACGGCGGCGCCGGACUCAGCUGUGCAAUCGACAUUUUCGGCGACUAUUCUCACCUCUACCACCUUACCGUGAAACAUAUUGGCGGUACAAGGUGGAGAGGUGUCCUUACCGAUACAGUCACUGGAACGUCCAAUGUCAUCGGCGAGUACACGCUUCCGUCUUCAGCACGAAAGAUGACGAAUGGACAAGACGGUUUCUUUGAGUACUAUGAGUGGAAUACCGAUGGGAUAAAACACCACAACUGCCGCUCGCAGCCCUUCGGUCAAGUCUUCAUCGGCGACCCUACCACCAAGACAUCAGGAGCUAGUGGUGGUAAAAUCACUAGGAUCUAUCAAGACGGCGAAUGUGUCAACAAGCUCAACUUGAAGGCCACCAGGUUCGCCCACAGUUAUCAGAUCCAGGCUGGUUUCAAACAGUAG